UUUGUAUAAACUUUUUAUUACACAAUCUACGCAUGUAAUGCUUCCUUUGCAAAUCACGAAUCGAAUCGAAUCUUGAGACUUCCGUCCAGUUCUUCUUCGUCCUUCCAUCACGCAACUUCCAAUGACUGAAUGCUGUGGAAGAAGCAGCAGCCUCGAUUGGCUUGGAUCUUCAACCGCGAUACAUACUGGUACUACUAGCUACUGACAUUGUUAUUACUGUAGUUCAUUGCAAGUCGUGCUGGAGGUAUACUGGAAGGAAGAGAGGUUGAUUGAGUUGACUUGAGUGUGGCCGCUAGCUAUUGAAGCUAUUGACGAGGUGAAAAGAGGCACGUAGUUUGAUCUUGCAGGAACGAAACUCGCCAGUCUUUGUCCAUCUGAUCGACUCGGCUCCGGACGCAAAAAGUUUCUCACAUACGACAAAAAACGGCCAAGAUGGAGAAGGAGGAAUUUGCCAAUGGCACCAAUAGCCAUGUGGACUUUGCGUCUCGUGCACCGACACUUUCGCCGACGUAUUAUGUGGAUCCCAAUGCAACGGUUGUGGACUUUGCCGAAGUUGAGAAUGAACACGAAACAGAUGCCAUUACGGUACUUCUCAUGAACGUGGUGAUCAUUGGUUGCCUGUUAUUGGCCUACUAUGUGAAACAACAUCGAAUCUAUUAUCUUCCAGAGAGUGCUGGUGCUCUCAUGUUGGGCAUGGUCAUUGGGGGAGUGGCUCGAUUGUCCACUGAUAAUUUGAAGUUAUUUGAGUUUUCGCCAGAAGUGUUUUUCUUUUUCCUACUACCACCCAUCAUUUUUGAAGCCGGGUACAGCCUGAAACGAAAAGAUUUCUUCCAAAAUAUUGGGGCCAUUACCCUGUACGCCAUGGUCGGGACAAUGAUAUCCACCUUUAUCGUGGGAUUUGCAAUAUUUUACUUUGCCAAAGCAGGACUCUUUGGAAAACACAGCAUUGAUACAGAAAAUCCCAUGGAGGCAUUGUUGUUUGGAGCACUCAUAUCGGCGGUAGACCCCGUUGCAACACUCUCCAUUAUGGGAUCUGCCGAGUUGAAUUGUGAUCCACUGCUGUACAGUUUGGUCUUUGGAGAGAGUGUCUUGAAUGAUGCCAUUGCCAUUUCCUUGUUUCGGGUAUUCCUGAAAUACUACGACCCCGAUGGACCCGAUUUUUCAGAAUCCGAAAUCCCAUCCGCCCUCCUCAAUUUUUGCUCGGUUUCCGUCCUGUCCAUUGCCGUGGGUGUCACACUCGGGUUGACGGCAUCCUACAUGUACAAACACACGUCACUCUCGGAUUAUCCCAAUUUGGAGACUUCGCUCCUGUUUUGCUUUUGUUACCUAUGCUAUGCCACGGCAGAAGCCGUUGAACUUUCCGGAAUUAUGGCACUCUUCUUCAAUGGGAUUGUCCUAUCACAUUACAACUCCUACAAUCUGUCCUCGACGGCACAUGUGGCCAGUGAACAAAUCUUUUCUACCCUGGCGACGAUUACCGAGACACUGGUGUUUGUCUACAUGGGCAUGGUGGUGUUUACUGGAAAAUUCGCCAACUUUAACUUCCGCUUUUCAAUCACGGCAUUGCUGUUGUGUCUGGUGGGCCGAUUAUUCAACAUUUUCCCCCUGAGCUACCUUGCCAACUUUUGCCGGGAGGGCAAUGAAAGAAUACCAUUGAAAAUGCAGUGCGUCCUUUGGUUUGCCGGACUUCGGGGAGCCAUUGCCUUUGCUCUGGCAGCCAACAUGCCAGGGAAUCACAGAGAUUUGUACGCCACGGCGACACUCUUUAUCUGUAUAUUUACCACGGUGGUUUGUGGAGGUGUGACGGAAAAGAUUUUGACACAUUUUGGCAUGAAACAGGGUUCCCGAGUUGGAGCCCAUGAAAGCGAUGACGAAAUGAAUGGUUCAGCCACUUACAGCCCACAUCGAGGCAACAACAAUUUCCGUGGCUUUAAGCGCGUUUGGAAAACAUUCGAUGAUGAAGUCUUGAAGCUCUAUUUCGGAGGGUCUCAUCAAACGACAGCUGCGGAUCAACACAGAGGCAAUUUUGAGCUAGGGAGUUAUUCCUACGAAAUCAGCGCGCAAAGCUCAGAGGUGGACGAACUUGAGGUGAAUGGCGACCUGGAUAUGAAUGUGAAGGCUUAGAUCCGACGCAUGAAUAUGACAUCACUCGCUGGAGAGUGGAUGGGGCCACCAGUAUCCAUCUACAGCUCGAGAGCUGGACAACGGAUCUGGCGACCAACAUCCAUCCCUCGAUGAGACUCGGAAGUCCUCGACAACCAAUGAUGCGGAGACACUCUGAAGGGAGCUUUGAGCUCCUGCAAUGGAGACGACGGAAAAUCCUAAUCUGAGUCGGUUUUGUACCCGUCAGCGACAACACAACAUGAAAGCACUCUUAAGGACCGAUUGUUAAUCGGCACAAGCGGCGCAACUACCGUAGGUAUAUCAGCUUUCAAUUUGCAUGGGUCGAUGUUUCGCACCCAUAUAAUUCUCUUAGCGGCUUUCAUACUGUUUAGAACGGCGCUUUCAAAAGGAAACUGAAGUCUAGUUAAAACGGAUUCAGACAAGAGGUCGUUGCAGGCACUGGCCCCAUAUAUCAAGGUAUUCCCAACGAACAAGUCUACUCACCGGCCACACGUCCUUAGGGUGUGCGACGGCUUUGUAGGAUCUAAAUGAGUGAACUCCAUGGCUAUGCCAACGCUUUCAUGAAAACAUGGAAGUUGGAGGUUGAAGCAGGGAAACUUCAUCAUCUCUCUGACGUGGAUGGAAUAGAUAGCUGUUGACGCUGAGUAACUGUACUGACAAAUGUGUAGAACACCGCUUUCUCUGAGAAAGAUGUAAGCAAUGCGGUAUCUGCCCCAUGGAUUACCCCAAGAUAGCCAGAAUAAUCACUAUGAUGAAUCUCCAGAUAUGACUGUCUCGGCAGAUAGAUGAACUUUGGGAUC